AUUUAUUAUGCUCCUUCCCUACUUAUUCCUAAGCAUAAAAAAUUCUGAACCUCGGGCCGGGUAUGGUGGCUCAUGCCUGUAAUCCAAGCACUUUGGAGGUGUGCAGAUCACCUGAGGUCAGGAGUUUAAGACCAGCCUGACCAACAUGGUGAAACCCCGUCUUUAAAAAAAAAAAAAAAAAAAGGCACACAUCUCACUCAUCCUUUCCCUGGUGACAUUUCCCACCUCUGCUUUCUGAAAGCAAAGAUGAGCAGCACUCAGGCUGAGAAGUCCAUAAUGGGCAUGAUCAACAUGUUUCACAAAUACACUGGACGUGACAAGAUUGACAAGCCGAGCCUGCUGACGAUGAUGAAGGAGAACUUCCCCAACUUCCUCAGUGCCUGUGGAAAAAAGGGCACAAAUUACCUGGCUAAUGCCUUUGAGAAAAAGGACAAGAAUGGGGAUAAGAAGAUUGAUUUUUCUGAGUAUCUGCCCCUUUUGGGAGACAUAGCCAUUGACUACCACAAGCAGAGCCAUGGAGCGGAGCCCUGUUCUGGGGGAAGCCAGUGGUCCAGCCCCACCCGGGGCCUCCAGAGACCCCAGAAACAAUAAAGUGUGUCCCACCACCAAAAAAAAAAAAUUUUGAACGUCAGAGCCAGCAUUUUUCCUCAUUCCUUUUGUUCUAUCUUCUAGGAGGGGAAUGGGAAGAGAGAAGGAAUUUGUUUUUAUCAUUAAUACGUAAGAUUUACAUUUGUAAGAAAGCUUUAAUUUUCUCCGUUGCUACACCAUUCUUUAAUAUUAAACUAUAAUACUUAGUUUUUACCGAUAUAAAAGUAUUUUGUGACAUUUGAUAUAAAUUAAACUAAAAUGGACAGUCUCUUUCCUCUAAGAUAGGACAGAUAAGAUAAAUGAGCAGCAUAGGGUUUUUGAAACAACACUUUAUCUGAGCCCCGUGGGUAAAAAAGCUUGCCUCCUCAGCCCAAAAGGGAAUUUUAGCUGGGUCCUGAGCUGAGCAUUGGCCCAGGGCUCUGAGGCCUCUUCAAGUCCCACUGCCUUGGAUGUGUUAUCUGGAGUGCCCCACUGCACUGCCCUGCCCUGCAUAGGUAGAGCAUUUCUCUCAUGCAGCAGUUUGAAACCUAGGAAGAAUUUGCCGCCCCUGUAGGACAUUUGAAAAUGUCUGGAAACGUUUUGGGUUGUCAUAAAAGGGGCUUGCUACUGACAUCUAGUGGGCAGAGGCCAGAGGUGUUGCUAACCAUUCUACAAUGCACAGGAUAGCCUCUUUCAACAAAAAAUUAUCUGGCCAAAAUAGUAGUGCUGAGUUUGAGAAACCCUGCUGUAGUGUGAGGAAGAUAGACAAGUUAGAGGUCGUGGGAAGGCAGCACUGAGCAUCAGGAAUGUAGUGACUUCUCUUCUUAAAAACCCUAUAUACAGUAAAUACCGUUCUU